AAAAAUGUAAAAAAAAAAAAAAAAAAAAAAAAAGUUGGGGCUGCCAUCUGGUGGCAAAGCUGUGGUAUUACAGUCAAAAGCAACAGCCAGGUGAGCUGACUGGGAGGAAAAUUAUUGACAACAAAGAGUAAAUGUUGGGAUGAGCAACGACCACCUGUCAAAAAGGAGACAUUGAGUUCUAAAUCCAUUUUGUCAUUCAGGAUGGAAGAAACGAUGAAACAAUUUUUUGUCGUUGUUGGACUAAAACAGCAAAAAAAAAAAAAAAAAAGAGAAAGGACCCAUUUCUGGAAUCUGGUUUUGUCAAUUUCAACAGAAAAACAAACUAACAAAGGUACUUUAUCUUGUCCAGUGGUGUGGGCAUCUGUCACAUCCCAUUUUGUGCAUCAACAAUGAAGUCCCAGUCUGCUGUGGCAUUUCAAAAUAAGAGACGUCUGAAUUUGCACAUCUGUCAACUUCCAAUGGCACAAUAUGGAAGGAAAUUAUAUAUUAAUUUUUCUCCUGUUUCGGUCUCAAAACCAUUUUAUUUUUUGUUUUUAGAAACAGAAAAUAAAAAACAACCGGUUUUCAAAGUUUUGCUUAUCCCGCAUUGGCAACAAUAAAGAAAAAUGCCUUGAAAUUCAAUUUAAAAAAAUUCUUAUUUAUUUUUUUUUAAAUAUUAAAAUAAAAAUCAAACGAAAACCAAUCGUUUUUCAAUAUCCUUUUCUGAUCGGAUGAUACAAUGACCCCAAACACCCACUGACCAGUAUCGAACCAGUUCUCCAUCCCAGCUCCAUAAGGCUUCACUCGGCCCUGUGACCUCCGACAGCCCGAUCGAAGAUGGCCGAGUGAGCGGAUCCGGCUGCAGGUCUGUGUCCCAGACUAACCCAGCUGCUCCCCCCCACCCGUACCGCGUCUCCCUGGAGCCAGUAGCCGGUACCACGGGGGCGGUCCGUGCGGUUUCGAACCGGGAGCCUGACGUUCUCCUCGCGGUCAUGGAAUAAAACCGGAGCUGGAAGUGGAGGAGGUCUGAGGCCCUUCUGUUCCGGCACAGCAUGGACAGCUUCUUCAAGGCGGCUGUAUGCGAUCUGGACAAACUGCUCGACGACUUCGAGCUCAACACCGAGGAGCUGGAAUGUAAAGCCGUCUUCCUGAAGCCCCCCUCGUACCCCUUCUCCUCCCUGGGCCCUCAGUGUUUGCCCCCCGACGCCCCCCCCGGCCUGCCGGACCUCAACGCCCUGCACUAUGGCUCCACCAGCGGCGGCUCGCAGCAGCGGGAGGCGGAGGAGCGGGAGGCCGCCGCCGCCCGGCCGCUCACCGGGGUGGACCUGCUCUCCUCGGUGGACCGGGGCGCCGCCAAGAGCUCGGCCCCCCCGUGCCCGGACCGCGCCCUGAAGCCGGUGUGCGACCUGGUGAACGACGCCAGCUCGGCCAUCCUGGUGCGGGCCGACAGCCACGACGCCUUCGGCGAGCUGGACGCCGCGGAGAGGCGGCUGGAGGAGGAGCAGCAGGCGGGGGAGGAGGGGGGGGCGGGGGAGGGGGUGCGGGAGGCGCUGCUGGUGGACUUCGACAGCCCGGUGGAGCAGAGCGCCACCUCGGCAGGGCUGCUGGCUCUGCACCCGGGGUCCUCGGCCCCCCUCAGCCUGCUGGACGUCAUUCUCCCGGCAGCUGUGGAAAGAGGCGGCGAGCCGGCGGGGGUUCCGCCGACGGCGGGCGGCCCCCCGGAUGUGGAGGAGCACGACCAGGUGGAGGACUCUGGGAACCCGUCCGAGUCUGUGGGCGGUUCGGAGGAGACUCCAGAACCUCCUGAGAGCAAAGAGGAGGAGCGCUCGGAGGAGGCGGAGUCUCCCGGACCCUCGCACGGCGCCGCGGUGGGCCUGUCCUGCCUGCCCAUGGCCGUGUCCAUGUGCGGCGCUCUGGUGAAGCAAAGCGCCGCCGCAGGAGAGUCGGAGGAGGCGGAGGAGCAGCGGGAGGAAGUGGAGGAGAGGAGGGAGGAAGUGGAAGAGCGGCGGGACGAGGCGGAGGAGAGGGGGGAGGAGGAGAGAGGGGAGGGGGUGGAGGAGGCCGAGGUGUCGGAGAGCACCGAGGCCGACGCCGCAGACUCCAGAGAGGUGGAGUCCAGGGCGGAGGCGAUCAGAGACGCUUCCCCCGAGCCCGCCGGGGGCCGAUCGUCUCCUGAGGGGAGGGGGGGCUGUCCGGUGGACCCCGCCCAGCCCAGCCCGCCCGACCCCCCGGAGUUUGGCUUCGAGUAUCUCCCCGAGAGCGACCAGGCGGAGCUGCUGGUGACGGACGAGGAGCUGGACGCCUUCCUGCAGGCCCACGUGGAGGCGGAGCGCCACGCCCCCCGCUGCAGCUCGCAGCCCGAGGCCCUGUCGGGGGGGGGCCACGAGGACCCCGAGGCUCUGUCCUGUCCGGAGAGCGAGCGGAACGCCGUGUGCCCCGACCCCGCCGCGGGGUCGCAGUCCUCGCCCCAGCACAGCGGCGGCCCCCGUCAGCCGCCCCCCUACGGAGGGGCCAGACCCAAACAGCCCCACUGCCACACAGCCACGCCCCCGCCAGCAGGGGGGGAGGAAGGGGAGGAGGAGGAGGAGGAGGAGGGGGAGGGGGGCUCCACAGCAGCGCCCGGUGGACUCGACAACCAGGAGGCUCCUCAGGCCGGCCCCGCCCCCGCCGAGGAGCUGCCCGACUGCAGCCCGGCCUACGACGAACUCUCCGAGCCCCCGCCGUACCCCGGGGAGCCCGACCCCCCCACCGCCGCCGCCGCCGACUCCCUGAGGGGGGAGGGGCCGGCGGAGGAGGAGCCGGGGAGCAGGCAGCCGGAGUGGGUCCCCGACGCCGACGCGCCCAACUGCAUGAACUGCGAGCAGAGAUUCACCUUCACCAGGAGGAGGCACCACUGCCGGGCCUGUGGGAAGGUUUACUGCGCCGGCUGCUGCAACAGGAAGUGCAAACUGAAGUACCUGGAGAAGGAGGCCCGCGUGUGCGUCACCUGCUUCGAGUCCAUACACAAAGGUUGCCCCCGGGAGCAGAAGCGAGUGUGGUUUGCCGACGGCAUCCUGCCCAACGGGGAGGUGGCGGACACCAGCCGGCUGUCGGUGGCGAGCCGCCGGAGCUCCCAGGAGUUCGGCGGCGUCUCUCCAGACCCGUCAGCGCCCGGCUCAGCGGUUGGGCUCGGUGGUCCCUCUGCCCCCGAGGCUUCUGGGACGGCGGAGGUGGUGAGGGCCCCGGUGUCGGGCCCCUGGGAUUACGCGCUGCUCGCUGGGAUCGGCUCUCUGGUGAACCGGGUUCCCAGCCUCCUGCCGGAGAACGAGGACGAGCUUCCGCCUCUGCUCAUCACCACGGGAGAGGAGGAUGAUGACGGAGGAGGAGGAGGAGGAGGAGGCGACGUCCUGGUGGCGGAAAGCCCCGCCCCCUGUCAAAUCCUGCACCUCCUGGAGGAAGGCGGCCCUCGACCUCUGACCUUCGUCCUCAACGCCAACCUGCUGGUCAACGUCAAGCUGGUCACAUACUGCAGCAGACCCUGCUGGUGCUUCGGCUCCGUCGGGCUCCAGGCUCUGGGGCAGAAGGAGCUGGUGUUUGUGUUGGAGUGUCUCCCCGAGGAGAAGACGCUGCCCAGAGACCUCUUCACUCUGUACCUCACCGUUUACCAGGACGCCCUGAAAGGGCGGUUCGUGGGCGAGCUGGACAACGUGACGUUCACCAGCAGCUUCCUGGGCAGCAAGGACCACGGCGGGAUGCUGUUCUUCUCCCCCAGCUGCCAGCCGCUGGACGGCCUGGCCCUCCCCCCGCCGCCCUUCCUGCUGGGCCUGCUGGUCCAGAAGCUGGAGGUCCCCUGGGCCAAGGUGUUCCCGCUCAGGCUGCUGCUGCGGCUCGGAGCGCAGUACCAGGUGUAUCCCACUGCUGUGAUGAGCAUCCGCUUCCGGGACUCGGUGUAUCGAGAGACGGGCCACACCAUCAUGAAUUUACUGGCUGACCUGAGGAACUACCAGUACAGCCUGCCGGUGGUGGAGGGUCUGCGGAUCCACAUGGAGAUGGGCCACAGCUACAUCGACAUCCCCAAGAGCAGCUUCAGCGAGAUGCAGAAGGUGGUCAACUCGUCCAACGAGCACGUGAUCAGCGUCGGCGCCAGCUUCAGCUCCGCCGCCGACUCCCACCUGGUGUGUUUCCAGAACGAGGAGGGAAACUACCAGACGCAGGCCAGCAGCAUGCCGGGGAAGACGCGCACAGUGACCGGAGCCAGCUUCGUGGUGUUUAACGGCGCCCUGAAGGCCUCGUCAGGCUUCAUCGCCAAGUCCAGCAUCGUAGAAGAUGGGUUGAUGGUUCAAAUCCCCCCUGAGACCAUGGAGGCUCUGCGGGCGGCGCUGAGAGAGCAGAACCACUUCACCAUCCCCUGUGGGAAGAACGACGGCGGCGAGCUCCGAGAGAACGUCACCGUGCGCUGGGUGGACUGGAAACCGGAGACCAACACGGGGAGGAGCAGUGGCGUGGACGGCAGGUCUCUGGAUGGAGUCCACAGCGUCCGGAUGCAGCAGGACGCCGAGUUUGAGAGCAACGGCCGAUCGAUCCGCUGCACCGAGGUGUUCUACCAGCUGAAGUCUGCGGACAGCAGCCUGCCCUCGGUGCUGGCGUCCUGCGGCGUGUUCCAGAAGGAGAUGGCGGUGGCGACCUGCAGCGCUCUGACUCCUCACCUGUCCGUUCUCACCUGCAGCGGCAUCAACUCGCUGUCGCUGCGCGUCUCCACGCAGGCCGACAUGGUGGAGUACCAGGCCGGCUCCGGCGGCCGCCUCCUCCCGCAGCGCUACAUGAACGAGAUGGACAGCGCUCUGAUCCCGGUCAUCCACGGGGGCGGAGCCAGCGUGCCGCAGACCGCCAUGGACAUGGAGUUCACCUUCUACAUCACGCACGUCAUCUAGCGGAGCGGCGGCUCGCUCCCAGCUUGAACUGAACCCCCCGCCGCGGGGGGGUCGCCAGGGCGGCUCCGCCGCCGCCGGCGUGGCGCCGGCCCUCGCUCCGAGUCCGAGGACGUAACCCGAUCUGUUGGAGUUUUUAACCUUCAUCACCAAAGCUGCUUUUACACUCGAAGCCAAACAGGAAAAAAAGAAAAAAGAAAGACGACGACCAAAAGCAACUCAACUGUUGAGCUUCCCCUCGGAGCUCCGCCCUGAAUGUUGCUCCGCCCACCUGGAGGGGGGAGGGGGUGGAGGGUGCUGCGCCUCGUCGUCUUCGCCUCCAGAUGAAUGAAUCCACUACAGGGCUGCAGAUCAACACAUCCGACUCCAGCCUCCAUCCAGCAGGCAGCGCCGCUGCUUGUAAUUGGACGCCAGCCUCAGCCAGGCCCAGCCCCGUGACUCUCGCUGCUGUGACACGAGCAGGUUUUGUUUUUUCCCUCCUCUUUUCUUCAGAAACUCAACAGAACUCGAAGUUUCACGCCAAAGCUCGUGAAGUUUUUCCACAGUGUUCAGAAAGCGAAUGUUUACCACGGUUUCCAUGGCGACCAGCAGGUCCAAAUUGGGUCACAUGGUCUGAAAAAUAGAACAGUCAGAAGAGUCUUGAAUGAUCUGAUAUUGGUUCUUUAUGUGCCCCCCGCCCGCCCCCCAUCCCAGGAAUCCUCCAUUCGGCGAGUAAAAGCCAGUGCUUGUAAUUUGACACCAGUUUCAUCGUGAGAAAAUAAGGUAACAGUGUAAUUCCAUUCUGACCUCAGCUGUUAAACAAAAAAAAUGAGCAAAUAAAUUCUGGAACGUUGUUUUGCAGAAUGAACCCGUAGCAUCAACUGCUCGUAAUUUGACAUCAGCCUCCCCCGAUCGGUUCAGUCUCCCAACAACUAAAGUCUGAUAAAUGUUGUAGUCUUUCCACAUCGACCCGUCGUCUCUCAAAACCGACAUUCAACAUGUAGCGCUGUGUGUAAUUUGACACCAGCCUCACCCCGGCCGGAUCAGGGAAUCCAUGACGAUACGACUCGUUUAGCUGAGCUGUUCACCUUGCUUGGGGGUGGGGGGGGUGGGGGGGGGGAUGCUGAUAGUUACUGUGGAGCACUGUGGUUUCCGUGGCAACCAGGCUGGUCACGCUUCACACGAAUGAAGACUUUGUAAUUUGACACCAGCCUCGUCCAGUAUUGAGGUUUUUUGAAGCAUUUAGCAGUGAGAAGAAGAGCUCAGUGUGUGAUGCAGGGGCGCCCCCCCCCCCCCCCCCCCCCCCCCCCCCGGGCCCCCCGGAUGGAGACCCCCCAGCAGGACAGUAGAUCAGUCUCCUGCUGCCCAGCUGAUGUUUUUACUGCACUCUCUGGUUUCUCUCUGAUGAUUUUGAGUCUCCUUUUUCUCUUAUUCCACCUUUUCAUCCGUCAUCUGUUCGUUUCUCGUCUUUCAGACGUUUUAUUCUCCGGCUCCUCGCCUCCCUCUGUGCGUCUCUUCGUCUGGUUUUGACUUGUUGAGCCUCCGAUUGACCUCGGGCUGACCUCUCGGUAGUUUUGCACAUUUCUCUUCUCGUUGUGUUUCUUCGACUUGAGAUUCUGCCGUGUCGUCGUGGUUUUGUCACAUUGAAGGUUUCAUGUUUUCGUUGCUUAUGGAUUUCUCUCCUCUCUUCAGUACUUCGUUAGUUUUCAAACACUUUCUGUCUUUUUACGAGUUUCGUGUUGCUUUUUGUCUUUGUCCCUCAUUUAUUGUCUUUUUUUUUGUCACAUUCAUUCAGUCAUUCGCUGCUUUAUUUGCUGGUUUUCAUCAUUAGAAGGGCUCCUGUUUGGAUUUCUGUCUGUUUUUUGUUUUCCGUUGCAACAUUUAGCUUCUUUUUUGUCUCAUUUCUUAUAGCUCUCAUAGCUUCACAUGUUUUCUUUCUGGACCCUCGUUUGCAGCCCUGUUGACUUCAUCUCAUUUUUUUGUUUCAUUGUUUGUUAAAUUUUGGUGUUUCAGUCAUUAUAUUUAUCAUCCAUUCAGUUUUUUUUUGUCUGUUUUUCAUUGUUUCACAUCUCUUGAGGCCCCAUUAUCUAAUAUUUUCCUUAUUGUUCAGGUUUCUUCACCCACAUUGUCUCGUUUCUCUUCCAGAACUAAACUGAAUUUUAUCAAUAUUCAGAGCAAAAUGGACAAAAACCACCAAAACCUUGACAGCUUUGUUGUUCAAAUAAAUAGGGAGCCAGAAAAAAAGCAAUUCUGUGGGAAACGAUUAAAAGAUGAAAAAAACAAUGGAACAGAAAAUAUAACUACAACCUGGACAUCAGAUAUAAAAGUGACUUAAAAAGGAAGUGAAUGAAAAUGAUGAUAAAACAUAACUUCCAUGACAUUAAACAGGAAAAAAAAAAGAAUAUGGAUCUGAAAUGAACAUCUCUAAAGACUGAAAAUAUCAAAAUGAAAAGAACUACACUGAAAAAGAUUAAAAUAAACA